AUGUCCAACUACUUAUGCUAUGAUUUGUUAUCUCCUACCUAUCACAAAUGUCUUAUUGCUCACACUUGUGAUGUGGAGCCUAAGUCUUACCAUGAAGCUGUCAAGGAUGAUAGGUGGAUUCUUGCCAUGCAACAAGAAAUAUAUGCUCUUGAAGAGAAUGGUACAUGGGAUAUUGUUGAUUUACCUCCAGGGAAGAAUGUUGUUGGUUGCAAGUGGGUGUUUAAGAUUAAAUAUAGGGUUGAUGGUCAAGUUGAGAGGUUCAAGGCAAGGCUAGUUGCCAAGGGGUUCAACCAGCAAGAGGGCAUUGACUACUCAGAGACCUUCUACCCUGUUGCCAAAAUGGUUACUGUAAGGUUUGUUCUUGCUGUUGCAACUUCAUCUCAUUGGCCCAUAUUCCAAAUGGAUGUUUACAAUGCCUUCCUUCAAGGUGAUUUGGAGGAAGAAGUUUAUAUGCAGAUUCCUUCUGGCUUUCAGAAAGGAUCUGUCCAUAAGAGUCAUUUUGACUACUCUCUUUUCACUCUUACUACUGGCACUGAUGUCUCUAUUGUUUUGGUUUAUGUGGAUGAUCUCUUAGUUAUUGGCUCUAAUGUUGAUCUCAUUCAGUCAACCAGAACUUCAAGAUGA